AUGGCAUUUCACAUACUAGCACAUCAUUAUGCCAUCAUCUGGGCUCACCUCCUCAUGCCCAUCAAUUUCAUGAACAGUGCAGCGUUCCCUUCCUGGACCGGAGUGGGCUUUGCCGUCAGCAUGGCGGCAACCUGGCUUUUCGCUGUCGUCCUAGUGCGAAUCCCAUCUACCCGCAGAAUAUUCCUAGAGGAUUUAUCCGGUCUUUCCAUACUAUGCUGGGUCUUUUGGGUAUUGUGGUUGUGCGUCUUAGCGCAAUGGUCACAGUACGAUCGUGGGACCGUGGAACUGCCAGAGUGGAAGUGGACAGAUCUUCUAAAACAAUUGGCCAUAAUUUUGGGUUCUUCAUUGGCGUGGAUGUUGGAGUUCGUGGUCAUGUUAUGUUUCUGGGGGAAUUUGCAGUGGAAAGAUCCGAUAGCGACAUCUUGGUGGCUUAUCGCCUCGGGUCCGAUGGUUCGUGAUGUCGAAGAGGGCGACCCGGAGAAUGAUCUGGACUUGUAUGUAAAUUCCUCGUUGCUCCAUGAGGAUCAUGAUUUCACAGCACAACCACGUAGAUUACUGCUUCCGGGAAACACAGUGCAGUCUGACACUUUCCAGUAA